GUGACACAUCCAGACGCCGGUGGGAGCGGGGGGCUUAUUGUUUCCGCGUGUUUCCCUGGGAAAACCCCAUUUCCGACCCGCCGGGUAUUGCUGGGGCGGAGGGCGCACCCCGGCGGGGGUGGGGGGUGAGGACCCCGGGGCCCUGGAGUCCCAGGUGCCGAACCGCCUGGGGUCCCGGGAGCACCUGUGACCGCUCGGCCUGGGGCCGCUGUGUGGUGUCCGCAGGCUUUUGUCUGCGCGCGGGGUUCCUGUGCCCAGGCCGGGCGCUCACCCCACAGCCAGGGCUGGCUCCCCACCUGGAUUAUCAGCGCCUUCCUGGGGGCACGGGGUAUAUGGGUUUAUCUCCGGCUACAAACCCAGCUUAACCGGGGGUGGAGGGGCUUAAAACCCGGUCCACCGGAGCCCGCCUGUCCUCGGAGGGAGCCUGGAAGCCGGUGGAGCGAAUCCAUAUGGGUGUAGACACCCCUCCCCCAUGCACCUCUCGGGAUGCCUGCCCGCUCUAGCUGGCUCCCAAGUGAAGAGGUUCUCGGCCUCCAAGCGGAAGCAGCACUUCAUCAACCAGGCCGUGCGGAACUCAGACCUUGUGCCCAAGGCCAAAGGGCGGAAGAGCCUCCAGCGCCUAGAGAACACCCAAUACCUCCUGACCCUGCUGAAGACAGAUGGGGACACACUUGGUCCAGAGGAUGGGGACCUGGCACCCCCCGCGGCACCUGGCAUCUUUGCGGAGGCCUGCAGCAAUGAGACCUAUGUAGAGGUCUGGAAUGACUUCAUGAACCGCUCUGGGGAGGAGCAGGAGCGGGUCCUCCAAUACCUGGAGGACGAGGGCAAGAGCAAGGCCCGGAGAAGGGGACCUAGCCGGGGGGUGGACCGGAGGAAAGAAGACCCAGCCUACACCCCCCGCGAGUGCUUCCAGCGCAUCAGCCGGCGUCUGCGAGCCGUUCUCAAGAGGAGCCGCAUCCCCAUGGAAACGCUGGAGACCUGGGAGGAGCGGCUGCUGAGGUUUUUCUCAGUAUCUCCCCAGGCCGUGUACACGGCCAUGCUGGACAACAGCUUCGAGAGGCUCCUGCUCCAUGCUGUCUGCCAGUACAUGGACCUCAUCUCAGCCAGUGCCAACCUGGAGGGCAAAAGACAGAUGAAGGUCAGCAAUCGACAUCUGGACUUCCUGCCUCCUGGGCUGCUCCUGUCCGCUUACCUGGAGCAACGCAGCUGAUGCCAGCCUGCCCGCCCCCCCCCCCUUCCCUUCAAGAUCCCCUAUACCUCCACUAAAAUGUUUGUUAAUUUUAGAAUUUGUCAUGCUGCCCCCCUUGGGGUGGCACUCCCACCCAAGCCCCAUCCCAUCCCAUCCCAUCCCAUCCCAUCCCAGCUCUUCCAGGUAAAUGCUGGCGCUGGAGCUGCUGUAGACUAUACUGGGCCCGUAACUCCUUGCUCUGGUACUUGUAUUUGGGUGGAGAGACCUUCAGUCAGCUUCCACAGCCCAGUCUGAAGCUUACGCAAGGAGGGAGAGGCUAGGUUUUUAUCACUUUUAAUGAAUUCGGGAUGAUGUGUUGUAGAUUUUUAAAUUUUCCUUUUGGGAAGAAAAACCAAAUACGCCAACUGAUAAAUUAGGGGCUUUGUUUUAGUCCCUGCUUGACUUCCCUCCCAGUUUUUGGCUAGAAUUGGGGGGUCUCUGGGGUGCUGCCCCUCACUCCAGGAGCAUUAUGUGUUGUGUGUGCGUGUGCGUGUUAUUAUGCAUGCUGGUGUCCUGCUACCCAGGACAGCAGCUGUGUCUUAAAGGCUGGUUUUACCCUCUUUGGAAUGUGUGUUUCCUCCCCGGGUGCUUUUUGGUGGCUCUUGGGGCCCUGCCUGCUCUACAACCCCUCCCCCCACCUUUUCUCCUCUCUUCAUACUGGGAGUCUGGGACUUCCAGCCAGAAGCCUCCACCCUCCCACUGCCAACUUCCCCUCUCCAUGUUCUCUCACCACCACCCGCCCCCCCCCCCCAGCCUGACCCUGGUCUAUAGCUUUGGGGUGUCACCCUGACCUGGGCCACAGAAGCAGGCCUGGGGGACACCCCUCCACACACUGCCGUAUGUGUGGCUAGUUGCGCUUUGGGAGAAGUGAAGAAUUCAAUAAAUUUCUGGUGCUCUGGUC